AUGAAAUAUGAGGAUGUGGCAAGAAAGGCAUAUGUGGGGGAAAUGGAAGCAAAUCACGAAGACUUUACUUUGUCAGACAGUGGUUUCCACGUAAAUCUACAGUGGCCUUUUAUGGGGGCAUCACCAGAUGGCAUGGUUAGUUGCAAGUGUUGUGGAUCAGGCAUUUGCGAAGUAAAGUGCCCCUACAAAGCACGUGAUGUCCAUCCUCUUGAUGCAGCUGCUACAAUUAAAAAUUUCUGUUUGAAACAAUCUGCCAGGGAUGCUUGUAUUACAUUGGACAAAAAGCAUGCCUACUACUAUCAAGUACAAGCUCAAUUGCACAUCUGUGAUGUUGAAUUUUGUGACUUUAUUGUUUGGACAACUAAAGGGCUAUUUGUUGAAAGGAUAGCACCAGAUCCUGACUUUUGGACUAUUGCAACAAGAGAAGCAAGGGAAUUUUUUGUUAAUGGAAUUCUUCCAGAAAUAAUGGGAAAGUGGUACACAAGAGCUCUUGUUCCAUGUUCAAAGAACCUUCCAUCUUCAGAUGAUGAUGACGCCUAUUGGUGUAUUUGCCAGCAACUGAUUGAAGACAGUACUCUGAUACGAUGUGACAAUAUGAACUGCAAAAUUAAAUGGUAUCAUCCUAGUUGUGUGCAGCUGAAAGAGAUCCCACAGGAUAAAUGGUUGUGCCCUCAGUGUUUCAGCAAGCCAUAA